UGUCGGGAAAUGUACUGCAUACGUUGAGCUGCCAUUUGUUCCAUUUGUUUGGAUUGCAUGCCCCAAUAUCGGAGUUCACGAAAGUGUGCACCUGAGUCUGGGACUGUAUUUUCCUAAUUGUGAUGCUGCUAAAUAAUGUUGUGCACGUUUAUCCCGCAUAGAUACACUGAUGCCUGAACAUCAGGUCGUGAAUUUCAGCCGUUUGUGUUGAUGGUGGCCUUGUUUUCCGAAUCUUCACCCGGUCAUUGUGGCUCAGAAAGGGAGGCGUGUUUUGUGACUCUUCGAAUAGCCUUGCUCGCAGGGGCAAACGACCCAACAAAAGUUUUCGAGCGUGACCCGUGAAAAGAUGUCACUGAACGGGUCCUUGAACGGAGAGAAAAGAGUGUUUUCCUGUCAAUAGAGGAUUCAACCGUGCCUGAUGUGCCAUCGUGCAAAAAAAAAGUGUUUGUAGCAGCGCUACGUGGGGUGAAUAAUGAGGAUUUCUGGAUCAACCGAUAGCACCGGUGGCAUGGCAGUACGGGUGCACGGUUCGAAUCAACGGCUAAUUACGUGCAGGAACACUUCAAUAAAUCAACGGUGAGACUCCAGUAUCGUUUGAUUGCAUAUGGUGCCGAUAGUGCAGGCACCUGGCCGUGUUAAUUCAAGCGGUGAGCCUCCCUGUCCGUUGGCACCGUAUAAGCAGGCAUUUUUCCCACCGCUAAGAGCCGGCCAGCAGCAGCCCACCCCUUGUUUCCGGGAAUAUUUCUGCCCUUCCCUAUGCGACAGAAGUUCUUCUGGUUGGCAUCGACAAUGUUUGUUAAGCUCACGAAAUUUUGCAGUUGAACCUUGCGAAACACGUGGGUGGACCAAUAUUUUUACUUCUUUCAUCUGUGAGUUUGCAAACAAACAGAGGUGUGCUCAUAACCCAAUAUCCAUGGGGGAAAGGCAGCAUAAUAAUUGGUGCGAUAAACCGUUCUUAAUGCGACCUAGCUUGCAUUGAUUACAAACAACAAGCCGAAGUUCAGGUAUUCCCACGAGCACACGGCGGCUGGUCUGAACUUGGACUGGAGGCUCACUUGUAAGUGCAUGGAAACGCAGAUGUCAAUCGGCGCCAGAUCUUGGUUGGUGCAUUUUAGAAGCCCCCACAUUUUCAACGAGAAGGAACCUGCAAAUAAAGAUUGUUUACAAGACCCAUGGGAUUCAAAAUAGCAAACUUUAUCCCAAGCGGUAUACCCUCAAAAGGCCAGACUCAGAAUUAGCUCAGCCAUCAUGUUUUCCACAGUCUCCCGCCUGAUCGUGACCUUUGACAUCUCGAUUUACCUCACCCUCUCCGCUACCCUGCUCAGCGUUGUGCUGCUAUUUGCCUACUACCGGUCCUUCCACCGCGCCAAGUCGCAGCCUGCCAGUCGGCCGUUGCCCGGUCCGCGCGCCUGGCCCCUGAUCGGUAGUAUUCCCGCCAUCGUGUGGUACACCAAAUACUUUGGCCAUCGGGGAUUCACAGAGAUGGCCAGGCGACACGGACCGGUGUUCGGCCUCAAGCUUGCGCCAGGGCAAUUGCUGGUGGUAUUGAAUGACAGGAGUACCAUCAGGGAAGCUUUCAUCGAGCAGGCAUCGAGAAUGACCAACAGACAUCUGCAGGGACUAGUCAAAGUAUCUUUCCCAGUUCAAGGUAGCCUCGCUUGGGAAAAUGGUGAGAUAUGGGCAGCCAGACGACGGUUUAUCCUCCGAGCUUUCCGCACCUUGGGCUACAGUAAGAGGGGCAUCCUGGGCCUGAGGAUUCAGGAAGAAGCCAGAGCGCUGUGUGCCAGUAUAGACAAAUAUGGCGGUCUGCCCUUUGACCCUCGGCACAUUCUCGAGUGCGCAACCUCCAAUCUUUUCUGCGCAAUCGCGCUGGGCGACCGCUACGAGUACGAGAGCCCCCUUUUCUGCUCGCUGGUGCGUAACUCAAAGAUCGUUCUUGACAACCUCUCUGCUGUUUCCAUUGGCAACUGCCUACCGUUCUUGUACCACACGCCGGUCUGUCGGGAGUACCGGGACGCCGUGAUUGGCUUAACGGACUUCAUCCGAGGACUCGUUGACCAGCAUAAAGACACAUAUAACUGCAAUCAUCCUAGGGAUGUCGUUGACCUGUACUUGGCUGAGGUAAAAAGGAGGCGGGAAGAGGGGGAGACGCUGAAGUUUGAAGAAGAGGAUGUGUGGAGGAGUAUGUUGGAUAUCCUCAUCGCAGGGUCUUUUUCGACCGCAACGCAAAUUCUGUGGACGUUACUUUUCAUGACAAAGUACAAAAGUGUUCAGCAAAGGAUUCACGACGAAAUUGACAGUGCCGUCGGCCGGGAAAGGCAGCCCUCUCUCGACGACGGUCCCUUGCUCCCUUUCACGAGGGCUACCCUCUUCGAAAUUCAGCGUUGUCGCAUAGCAACAGUCAGCGUCCCCCAUCUUGCCAGCGGAGAUGCCGUGGUUGGAGGGUGCCUCGUUCCCAAAGGUGCCCAGGUCCUGGCAAACUUUUGGGCUCUGCAUCACGAUCCCCAGGAGUGGGAAGAGCCCGAACAAUUUAAACCCUGCAGGUUUUUAUCCAAAGAUGGGUCUGCGGUUGUUAUGCCGGAGAAUUUCAUGCCUUUUGGAGUAGGUCCCCGCAUGUGCCCAGGAGAACAGUUUGCUAAACACCAAGCCUUCCUACUCUUUGUGUCCAUCAUGCAGCGGUACAGGGUGACAAUACCUACAACAGACCCCAUGCCAGACCUAGAGGGGACAGUAUGCGGGCCUGCCUUGCACCCUGGAAAUUUCCGGAUCAUCGCAGAGCUCAGAUAAGGAGAUUCCAGGUGAACAGCCAGGGGUGGAGUUUAAGACUUUUGCUGGGGGUGGGGAUAUUUCUUUGUUCGUAAAGGAGAGGGGAGUAAUUACAAAUAGUUGAAGCCGACGGUGAAACCAUUCAAACUCUUUGUUUUGUCCUUAAUCGUACAAACAAUUAACUAAGACCCCCCAAAUGGUUUAUGAUUUGUAGGAGGUGAUUGAGCCUUUACACGAAGACCCCCAAAUUUCUACAAAAUACACCAAGCGGGAAGUUGAUCUCCAGCCCCUGGAUCUUAGCCAGCUUUCAUCAUGUUCAUCUGGAAUCUUCGAUAAAAAUUUGUUAGUGAAAAACUCGACGGUAUACCUUAAGGCAGCCUACUCCAUGGUUGUCUCUUUAGUUCUGAAGGCUGCUAUUCUGGGGGUGCCGUUCCGCAAAGAUAGCGUGUCCCAGUGACACCAUCACUUCAGGUUGUGAACCUAGACCACUUGCCUUAUCAGGCUUACGAUGGUGGCAUCUCCUUCCCACACUGUCUUUUAAAGACUGGAUCUACUGCCGCUGUCACUGAAAGAUUAUCUUCCACCUAUUAGGAGCUAUCCACUUCUGCAGUUACCGUACCGGUACCGUGGAUCAUGAUCUCUUGCCUAUAAGGUGCUCCCUAGACUAAUGGUAUCGCCGGGGUGUCUUUCGUUCCCUCAACCGCCUUCCAGACCAGCCCUCUGCCCCUGGGAUGGCUGUUAGUACUCCUGUGCUCAUUGCCUUUUGUCAGCUCCAGAGAACACUCCUGCUGUAUUAUAGUACUGCGUUGGGGGCGCCAGUGUAGCUGCCGACAACCCCACCAUGAAAUAAAUGUUACAGGCUUACAUGGUACCAGUACUGAUUCACAUUUAUGCGCUGCAUUAUACUUUGAUGUAAGUAUUCGAAAUAUUUGAUCAGGGAAAUUCUCUGUAAGUAAAUGGUAAGUAUACGUACAUGUAUAUAGAAAUUAAAUUACCUCUUUUCAAUUUUUGUUUUAGCAUAUUUUUUUUUGAUUUUCUGGUAAAACUGGUGCUUGUGGUGAGUAUGGCUCAGUAUUCGAGCGAUUCAGGGAAGUGCGUCUCUAAGAGCUUGCAGCGCGUUGGCCAAUUACAAUCCACGAAAUCUGUCGACCGUUUCCAAACGCACGUUGGGUCGACAGAUUUGAUGAUUAUGCUUGGCCAGUACGUUGCAAACUCUUGGAGCCGCUCUUUUGUUAAAUGCCCAUAAGGACGAAAGGAACCUGUCCAAGGAGCCAUAUUGACACUGGAAAGCUUCUACAAAUUUGACAUAAUGCGGGCUUUCAAUUUGAUACUUCACCGACAAAGUCUGAAACUUUGUAACAUUAACUUGCAAUGUUAUUUUUACAGAUUGGCUAAAAUGUACAGCAAAUCAGGAUUUCAACCCUUAAAAAGUAAAUGUUCACAUCCCUUCUUUUUACUUAAAGUUAUUUUCGUUUUUAGAUAGGAUGACUUUUUCCUACUCGUUUAAGUGUAAUGUAGAUCAGAAUUCUCCUUUUAAAGGUCACAAUAGUUUUAGGAGUUGAGAAGCCCUUGGUGUAAAUACUGUAGACGUUGUGUGCAAACAUUCUGUUAAUUGGACCUAUAAACAACUUUGUUGUACUAUUUGGUGUAGUUAAAAAAAUAUCUAUCUUAAAGUUACCUUUUAGAACAUGAGACACGUUUCAUCUAAAAACUACUUUUGUAGAUUACAGGUUGAAAUUUAGAACGGGUACAUAAAUCAGUUUCUGAAAAUUAAUUUUUGUGUGUACUUACAUAGUCCAUGAUGUAGAUAUUGGUGUAGGCCUAUGUUAAAGUUCAUUUAUUAUUACCUCCAAGAAUCAACACCAAAAAGACCUUUCCAUUCUAAAUAUGUCAUUUUACAUGAAAAUAACAAAAUAAACGCAUCGGCGACGGUCACCUACAUUUAUAAAAGAUAUAUCGGUGAUUUUAGAGAAGUACGCUGGAACGCCAUGAAAGGAUAAAUAAACUGUGGUUCUUGGUCUCAAAAAA